GAUCUGAAUCCACGAUCUGAACAGACUGAACUUGAAGCCUUUCGCGAUCCCCAGCAGACGUGAGAUCUCCGAGUUCUUCUUUUCAAGAGUUAAGAAACGGUUUGUUGAAAGAUGGCGGGAGUCGAACAAGAACCCAUGGACCUCGGAGAAUCGAGUGGUUUUUCGUCUGAAAAACCAAAGGGUCAAAUAUCCGAACAGGAUAGUAAAAAAGCAGGAAGCUAUGAAACACCCUGGGUUGAGAAAUACCGGCCAGCUAAGCUGCAAGAUGUGGUGGGAAAUGAAGAGACUGUAAGCAGAUUGGCUGUUUUUGCUAAGGAAGGCAAUGUUCCUAAUGUCAUUAUUGCUGGUCCCCCAGGUACAGGUAAAACCACCAGCAUCUUGUGUCUGGCUCGAGCUCUGCUAGGACCUGCCUUUAAAGAUGCAGUGCUAGAACUGAAUGCAUCCAAUGACAGAGGAAUUGAUGUGGUGAGAAACAGAAUUAAGAUGUUUGCCCAACAGAAAGUUACCUUACCCAAGGGCAGACAUAAAAUCAUCAUCUUGGAUGAAGCUGACAGCAUGACAGAUGGUGCCCAGCAAGCCUUACGACGCACUAUGGAAAUCUUCUCCAAGACUACACGCUUUGCAUUGGCAUGCAAUUCAUCAGAGAAAAUUAUUGAGCCCAUACAGUCACGCUGUGCAGUUCUGCGCUAUUCCAAACUAAGUGACUCUCAGCUGCUGGCAAGAAUCCUAGAGGUGGUCAAGGCAGAGGAUGUCAGUUAUACAGACGACGGCUUGGAAGCCAUCAUCUUCACAGCACAGGGUGACAUGCGACAGGCUUUAAAUAAUUUACAGUCCACAUAUCAAGGCUUUGGACAUGUCAACAGUGAAAAUGUUUUUAAGGUGUGUGACGAGCCUCACCCAGUGCUAAUUAAAGAUAUGCUAGAUCAGUGUGUCCUGGGUCACCUGGAUGAUGCCUACAAGGUGAUGGCCUACCUGUGGAAACUAGGCUACUCACCUGAAGACAUUAUCACUAUCAUAUUCCGGGUCUGUAAAAAUCACAGCAUGGCUGAGUACCUCAAGCUGGAGUUUAUCAAGGAGAUUGGCUACACACACAUGAGGCUGGCUGAAGGUGUCCAGUCUCUGCUCCAAAUGUCUGGUCUGCUGGCCAGGCUCUGCCGCAAGUCAGCUGAACCAAAUCAUUUCAUGCCCUGAACAUUGCUGUCUGAUUGGUUGAUACAUUUAUUAAGGCGACUUAAUGUGGACAUUUUGUCGAUGAUUUCUUGUUGGUACAAUUAGACAGGUUACUUCAUGUGGACAUUUUGUAGAGAGGAUUUCUUUGGUGGAUAUGCUCUAAAGAUGAUUUGUGUGGAUAUGUAAACAGUGAAGCAGUGUAUAAAAUUUUUUUAUUUAUAUAUAUAUUAAAAAACAGUGAAAAAAUGUGCUAGUUUUUUUUUUUUUUAAAUUGUUUAUGUUGUAACAGUAAUAUUAACCCUUCACAGUUACAUGCACUCAAAAUUUGCCAAAGAUUUUUCUUAGUGGUACAGUCCACUGCUCACCCAAACUGUAUUGUCCAUUCAUUAAUCUAAGUAAUGAUAGUCCCCGGUAACUAGAUUUUUAUUGUUUUAUUUACAUCUUCUUCCUAUUUUUCUAAUAGUAGCUGUUCAUUUUCUAAGAUCUCUUUUCCAAGUUACAGGCAGUUAGUGAAAUUAAAACUAAUAAAAAACCUCUGCUGUUGAAUCUGGCUGUAAAUAUGAUACAAUGAAAAUACUGGGGGGAAAGUAGUACAAGUGACCAAAUUUUUUCAGCAUUUAAAAAUUUUUUUUCUAAGAUAUUUUUAUUUAUUAUUUGUACAUUUUUACUUUCUUGUGUAUGAAUUAUAGAGAAAGUAUUGUUAUCGUGCAAAAAAAAAUUGAGAUUUUUGCAAAUCUCACCGUUUUACACCUCCCUGAGUCGGAAAAACAUAGUUUUGCAAUCUUGUCAGUCUGUGUGUGUCUGUAAACACGAUAACUUGAGUACCAUUA